AUGCAACCACGCGCCGGCAAUUGUCACCUUGAGAUCGCCCGUGAUCUGCCGCCGCCCGGCCGGCACAUCGAUACGGUGAUCUCGCGAUGGGGGCGAACAGCUCUGCACUACCUGCCUACUGGUGAGACGGCGCUCUCGUAUACCGCGAUGAGGUAUGGAGAUGAGGCAGUCGAAGCGCGCCUGGCGCAUGGAGCCGAUGUGGAUACAGGGGCCGAGACGCCCUUGUUGCAGGCUAUCGCUUCAUGCAAUUGUAACCUUGUGCCUUGCUUGCUCGCUCAAGGAGCGGACCCUGAUGCGGGAACCUACAACAACAAAGAGACAGCACUCACCCGUACGAUCAAUCAGUCUUGCGAUCUGGCCGGUCAUCAACUGCCUGAAUGGUGCGCCGGUGAAUGCUGUGAGCUUCGCCCUGUUCUACUGCGGCGCCGGCUGCCCCAAGCAAUGACGCUGCACGACAGCAUCACGCAGUCCCCGUUGACAGUACGUCUGUUCCGGAGGCGAGGCCAUGGUCCGCCGGCGUGGAGGUCCCGAUCCGGAACCACCACAGUGACGCUGGAGAGGGCGACCCUGAACUUGAGGGCGCGCGCAGGGGUAAUAAGGGGAGUUGAAGCCGUCUUGUGUCUGGCAUCUCGAAGGCACACCCUUUCUUCCCGGAGUGACCACUCGAUUCUCGUGGCUGCGAUGUCGAUCAUCCAGCGACCCCAUUGGGGUCACGACCUCGUCCUCGUCUUCGAAGACUUUCCUGGUGCGAGUGGCGUGGACCUUGGGCAGGACUUCGAUCGCGUCCUCCAAGCAAGUGAUGAACCCCCGAGCAUCGAUCGUCGGUGA